AUGUGGAUGGUGUCUGGAGUGGCAAUGUUACUCUCAUUGAUAUUAUCUGUACAUUUGAUAUAUAAGCAUCUUAGGAAUUACAACUGUCCAAUAUUACAAAGAUAUAUAAUUAGGAUAUUGAUAAUGGUACCUGUAUAUUCCAUUGACAGUUGGCUAUCCCUACUCUUUGUUGAGUAUAGUCUAUACUUUGAUUUCACAAGAGACAUAUAUGAAGCUUAUGUCUUGUAUUCAUUCUUUUGUUUGAUUGUGGCUUAUGUAGAGAUGCACAACGAUGUGUUUGAACUACUGGAGAAGAAGCAAUCGAUGCUACAUCCAUGGCCACUGAGUUAUUGUCUGCCUCGAAUCAAACUCGGUCCAACAUUUCUAAGGAAUUGUCAACAGAUGGUAUUACAAUUUGUAUUUGUCAAGCCUGUUGUAGCAAUUGUUUCAAUCGUCUUACAAGUGUUUGGAUACUAUGGUCAAGGCAAGUUUGUACCCGAUCGUGGAUAUCUCUGGCUGGUCAUCAUAGAGAACAUCAGUGUCUGGAUGAGUCUUUAUGCACUGGUACUCUUCUAUCAAUGUAUGAGCAAAGAGUUACAACCAUUUAAACCAUUUGGCAAGUUCAUGUGUAUCAAGAUGGUCAUCUUCUUCUCAUUCUGGCAAGGAGUAAUCAUUGCACUCCUAUCAUACUUCCAUGUUAUCAACUCUGUUGGAGAUUGGACUAUUCACAACAUAUCAGAGGCACUUCAGAACUUUAUCAUUUGCUUGGAGAUGUUUGUAAUCUCUGUGAUUCAUCACUACUUCUUCCCUUAUGCCGAGUACAAGGACGUCAGCAGGUUCAAGCAGGGCUGGUUGUUCAACGAGGAGUUCGACACCAAGGAGCAGGCACCUUCCAAGCAAGUCAACAUUCUCAAGAACUUUAUGAAGGCCGCCAAUGUCUCUGACGUCAUUGGAGACACCAAACAAUCAUUCCUGGUGCCAUUGCUCAAUGAUGACAGUGAGGAAGACGAUGAGGAAACAAUCGACAACAUCAGAGAGAUGGAUAGUAUAUACAUCAGACAGGAUGAGGCCGAUGAGGACAGUAGC